AUGAACGGGGGUCUUGGCCCCCCUCGGCAGCUGCACCCGCUUUCUGACUCAUGCGCUGCAAAUGCCAGGAUCCCUGAAGAUGCCCCGGUCGUGAAGGGAGGCGGUGACUACAGCUCCCAUCAUCCCCUGCCCUUGCCCAUUGCAGUUAGGGCCAAGGCAAGGGUCUGCUUCACCGUUCUCACCCGGCGCCCGGCCUGUGGGCUGUUCUGGAUGGUCGCCAUGGAGAACGAGCAGCUCCAGACACCGCCGCCAGUCAGCAACCCGGGGCCUGCAGCCACCACAGCCACCAGCAGCAGCAGCAGUGGGCGCCAGGCGGGCCCCCAGAUCUCCGUGUACAGUGGGAUCCCCGACCGCCAGACGGUCCAGGUGAUCCAGCAAGCUUUGCACCGGCAGCCGAACACAGCCGCCCAGUACUUGCAGCAGAUGUACGCCGCCCAGCAGCAGCACCUGAUGCUCCAGACCGCCGCCCUGCAGCAACAGCACCUGGGGAGCACGCAGCUCCAAAGCCUGGCUGCCAUCCAGCAGGCAAGCUUGGCAGCCAAUCGGCAGAGCGUCUCCUCGGGUUCCAACGGGGCCACACAGACCCCCUCGCAACAGCCCACGAUAAACUUGGCCGCUUCCCCAGCAGCAGCCCAGCUCAUCAACCGGGCCCAGAGUGUGAAUUCCGCGGCUGCCACCGCCUCGGGCAUCGCCCAGCAAGCCGUCCUUUUGGGCAACACCAGCAGCCCCACCUUGAGUGCCAGCCAGGCGCAAAUGUAUCUCCGUGCGCAGAUGGCCCAGCAGAGCAGUUUAAUGCAAGUAGCUAGGAGCCUAGGGCGUGCUGUUCCUUUGUCCCCUCAGCUCAUCUUCACGCCCACGGUCGCCGCGGUUCAGCCCGAGGGGACCAGCAGCGCCAUGCAGCCGCCCACCACCACCACACCUCAGGUGCAGAAUUCAGCCCUCCGCACUCAGCAGGCGGUAACCCAGGCUCUGAGCUCCUCCCCGGGCCAGCAGCUGCCCACCUUGGCUAUCAAACCUGCUCUGAAUAACAGCAGCCAUUCCUCUUCCACCUCACCCGCUGCUCAGGCCAAGGGGGCCAAGGAAGGCCUGUCUGAGCUCCUCUCUGAGCACCUUAGGAAAAGUGAAGGGGGUGGGGGAGGCAGCAGCAGCGGUAGCAACGGGACGGCGGCCGCCUUGGAUGGACGAGGCAGCACCCUCAGCCGGACGGGCCCUCCCACCACCACUCAGCCACUGGUUGCCCCAGCUUAUUCUCAAGUCCAGACUCAGCCGCUUACACAGCAACAGCAGCAGACCCAGGCAAAGCCCCUUCAGCACCAGUUUGUGAUCCAGCAGCAGCUGCAGCCCAGACCUCCCCACCUGCAAGGCUUUCCCACCCCGGCCCCCAGCCUCAACGCCCCCUCAGCCCACCUGCCAGCCUGCCAGGCCCCCAGCCAGCACAAGCCGAAUUCCAGCCAGACAUCUCAACACCCCACGCACCCUUCUGGCCCUCCUGCACUGGGGCUGCAGCGAACAGAAGGCGGCCCCCCAGGGCAUCCCUCAGGGUGCCGAAGCCACGCGGCCCAGCACAGGUUCCAGCACACGUCAGCUGUCAUUCUUCAGCUGCAGCCUCCGGCUGGGACGGUGAGUUUGUGCAGGGUGGAGGUAGAGAGUUCCUUGGCGGGGUUUCUCCCCUUGAAUUCCAGGGACUCUGGGCAUUGUCUCAUCAGCCUUCGAUGUGGAGUUUUCUUACUUAGAAUCUGA